GGUUCCGCAACCAACUUCCCUGUCAAUACUCCGUUCUCGUUAUUUCUUAUCCCCACACACGCGCGCACGGCGACGAAGCAGUCAGAACGCAUCAGCAGCGGCAGAAGAAGAUUGGAUUGGAUAGCGCAGGCGAGGGCGAGCCCUCACCGUCGUCACCGCCGAUGAGGAACCCGCCCGGCCGGCACCUCCUGCGCGUCGCCACCCGCGCCGUGCGCUCCUCGUCCGGGUUCGGCGGCGCCUCCACGUCCGCCACGUCCCCCGGCGCCGCCUCGUCCGGGGGCCGCCCGCGCAGCCGAGGCGGCGGCGGCGGCGGCAUGCUCCUGCGGGCCACGUCCCCGCCCCCGCCCUCCGCCGUCGCGGCCGCCGCGUGCUGGGAGUCCCGCACGCUGCGCCGCGACGGGGAGGACGACUGGGAGGAGGUCGUCGUCGCCGCGGCCGACGGGGCGGCUCCGGGCGCCGGCGACGCGGAGGUGGACAGCGACUACAGGGUCGUGUUCUGGUCCCCGCCCACCGGGGACGAAGUCCGCGCCGCCUUCUCUAGCAUCCAGGAGGUGUUUGAGGGUUCUUAUUAUGAUGUGAAUUCAGAUGAAACUGAGAAACAACUAGCACUGCUGUCCAACUCAGAGCAUUCCUCAUCAACCAAUUCAUCAGGAUCAGACGAUUGGGUCGAACCUGCUGCAUAUGUUCUCAACUCUACUGCUCUUCUGACCAGGGAGCAUAGGAAUGUUUUGGAUGCCUUCCGUCUAUUGCAAAGAGACCCUAAUGUUCAGAAAAUGGUUAUGUCCUUGUCAUGUGAUAGGACUGUAUGGGAUGCUGUAAUGAAUAACGAGGCAGUGCAAGAAUUCAGGAGAUCUUUCCAGGAUGGCAAAGAAGUUAAUAGAAAGGGAAACUCUUGCGGCCCUGCUGUAGUGCUUAAGUGGAUCCUGGCCAACACCCAGGCAAAAAUAACGGAAUUCUUCGAUAAUAUAGCGAAGAUUGUCAGCAUGCUCUUCCACCCUCAAAGCGACGAAGACAAGCCCGAUCUGUACAGCGAUGCAGUGAAGGUGUCCUUCAUGCUCUCGGUGUUCGUCUUCAUCGUGGUGGCCGUUGCUCGUACCAAUUAUGAGCCGUGGGAUUUCGAAGUGUGGUGAUUGCAAGAUUUCUACGAACACGUUUUGUAGGACAUCACAGGCACACGAAACUUGUACAUUGAUUAUUACUGGGCUGUAAUCAUUUGCUCAUGAAACUGUUGUAAAGGUAUUGUUUGUUUUGACUCUGUUUUUCGUUUCUGUAACUGUAAAGUCAAUGAGGAUUCUUCAUCGUGUGAUGCUUUCCAA